CUUUUUGUCACAGCUCCUCCCUCUCUCUCUAGAUUCUAAUAGAGAACGGAUCCAACUCCACAGGGGAAAUCCGCCGUGUAACCCCGUUUCAACGCGUGGGGGAGAUUUGUUUGGAUUGGGAAUCCGGCAACUUAUCGGAAUUUUCCGCUAUGAUCGUGCUUAACGACGACGUCGUUUUGAUUCAGAAAGGGACGAAGCUGGGUGAGCCCUGCGUCAUCACCGUGAAUUGUCCCGAUAAGACCGGCCUCGGAUGCGAUAUCUGCAGAACAAUCCUGAAUUUUGGACUCUACAUUACCAAAGGAGACAUUUCAACUGAUGGUAUAUGGUGCUACAUAGUAUUAUGGGUGAUUCCUCAUUCUAGCUCCCACAUCAUAAGAUGGUCAAAUUUGAAAGAUCGCCUUAUAUCUAUAUGUCCACCGUGUUCAGUGUCAUAUUGCUUCAACCAGCAGUCGGACUGCACCGCGCCUUCUCCAGUUUACUUGUUGAAGUUCUUUUGCCUAGAUCGAAAAGGAUUGUUGCAUGAUGUCACUCAAGUUCUCAGUGAGCUCGAGCUUGCAAUUCAAAGGGUGAAAGUGACAACCACUCCUGAUGGCAGAGUCUUGGACCUCUUCUUUAUAACAGAUAACAUGGAGCUUCUGCAUACAAAAAAGAGACAAGAUGACACGUUGGAACAAUUGUAUGCUGUUUUAGGGGAAUCAUGUAUCAGCUGUGAACUUCAGUUGGCAGGUCCUGAAUAUGAAAAUCAUCAGUGUAUCUCUUCUCUCUCUCCAGGGAUAGCUGAAGAGUUGUUCAGAUGUGAACUAUCAGAUAAGGAAUCCCACUCACAAGCUCUCAGCCCAGAUAUGACAAUUCUAAAGAAAGCCAGUGUAACUGUGGACAAUUCCUUGAGUCCAGCUCACACACUGCUUCAAAUACAUUGUGUUGAUCACAAGGGUCUUGUUUACGACAUUUUAAGAACUUUGAAAGACUGCAAUAUCAAGAUAUCAUAUGGUCGAUUCUCACAAAACACCAAAGGUUAUCGUGAUUUAGAUCUAUUUAUCCAGCAAAAGGAUGGGAAAAAGAUUGUGGAUCCUGAGAAGCAAAGUGCCUUGUGUUCUCGUCUGAAGGUGGAGAUGCUUCAUCCACUACGUGUCGUCAUUUCGAACCGUGGACCAGACACUGAACUUUUGGUUGCUAAUCCAGUUGAGUUAUCAGGGAAGGGAAGACCACGAGUUUUCUUUGAUGCCACACUUGCUCUAAAAAUGCUUGGGAUCUGUAUUUUCUCGGCUGAAAUCGGGAGGCAUUCAACAUCAGAUCGAGAAUGGGAGGUCUACAAAUUUCUCUUGGAAGAGAAUUGCGAAUUUCAAUUAUUGAAUAUGGUGGGUAGAAAUCAGAUUGUAGAUAGAGUUAGAAGAAUCCUGAUGGGCUGGUGAGCUGAUCCUUCUUUACUUUCAAUUCUGAAUUUCACUCAUGUUACCAUGUUUGCUCUCUCAUUUCUGUAUUUGGGUUUGAAAGAUCUUACCCACCAUGUACAGUGCAAUAAUUUCUGAUUACAUCUAAAUGCAUAGCAUCUAUUGCUGAGGAGAGUUUAAUUUAUAAUGUGAUGAGCAUUUUCUUCCUUCCA